UAGCCGAAAGCCAGCCAAAGCUUUCGCGGUGGCCAACUCCUCGUGACGCCGCCACGGACGGCCUCGAUCCACCCGGCCACGGAUCGGACGGCUGAUCUCGCCUUGGCCCGGCCCGAACUCUUCACGCCGCCCACCCUUUCCAUUUCCUCCGCGGCACCCUUCGCGCCUCGCCUUCCAUUUCCAGCUCUCGCCGGCAGCGCGGCCGCCCUACAAAACCCCACCCCACCAACCCGCGGCGCAAAACCCUAGGGGCAGCGGCCGGGCAUUGCUUCGGCUGCGUGAUGGAGGGCGGCGGCGGUGGAGAGGUGGUGGAGCUGGAGGACGCGGUGAAGCUGCUGGUGGAGCACCUCGUCCUGCCGGUGCUGCCGCGCGGCGCGCUCAGGGGGGAGGAGGCCCUGGCGCCGGAGAAGCAGGAGACCGUCGCGCGUCAGAUGCACGCAGCGGUUCUCUUGUACAACUACUACCACCGGAAGCAGUUCCCGCAGCUCGAUUUCGCCGACCCCAAGCGGUUCUGCAUGUCCGCCUCCCUCGUCGCCCGCGACGCUCUGCUCGUGUACCUGAACCAGGUCCACGAACGUCGCAAAGGCGCUGUCGGCGACGCGGGUGCCGCGCUCUCCGUCACCGACAGAGCGGUCAUGGACGCCUGCCACAUUGCCAAAGCGCUCGACGCGACGCAAGACUCCCCGGAGAUGACCAUGUGGCCGAUUUCAAAGGUUGCUGUCCUGCUUCUCGAUCGGACAAAGAAACGGUGCUUGAUCGAGCAUGGCCCUAUGACCAAGGGCGUCUGGUCGAUCGUGGAGAAAGAGAUCAAGACAGCAUCCAGCAGUGACAUGUCAGUGCAGGGGUCAAGUAAUAAAGAAAUACCGCUUCCUUCCGAACCAUACGUUCUUCAGCAGAUAGCAUAUGCAGAGGUGGAGCUUAAAACAGGUAUGAAGCGCCCAAACUUGCGUUUUCUCGAAGAACAUCUGGUGUACUCAUUGAGUAAAAAAGAGACAACCACCAAGUUGAUCGUUGUGCAGUAUGAGCAAACUGUGAAUGACAAGCUUAAGGAAAUGCCUUUGGAAGAUCUGAUCGGCAGGAUGAGUGGUCCUAUAUUUAAAAGUGUUCCAUACCCUAUAACAACAUCUGUUGUUGAGUGCUAUCAUUUACUUCCAUAUAAGGAGGUUUUGUUAAACCUCCUGAACAGGGAAUGGCCUUUGGAUUCUUCACAUAGUGAGCCAAAGGAACAAUCACUUCACAAUGAAAAAUCUGAAAUAGAUGAAAGUUUGAAAGAACAAGAAGCUAAUAGCAAGUCUAAAAUGAAAAAGACAACCACAAACGUUUCAACUCCAAAGAAAAAUAAACAAGUGGCAAAAGCAGUUGGUAACAGUGGCAUUAAUAACUGCAACACCAGCAAAAACAGAAAAAACAGCAACAUGAACAGCAAAAGAAAAUCUGUAACCGCUACACCGGCUACACUUGCUGUUCCAGCUGCGGAAACUUUAAAAUCUGUGAGCAAUUCAGUGAGUGCAAAAGCCACAAGAGAAACAAGUGAAGAAUUUGUAGAUUUAAAAGCCAGUGUUCAGGUCGACAAGACAGAGAAGCACUCUGAUAGUAGAAAUACGCCCCGCGAUAUCUUUACAGUGAAGGCACCAGAGGUUGAUCUUGUACUGAAGGAUCAUGCUUUGGAAAGUCAAACUGAGAAAGUCACCGAAAAGUCAGGUGGCAUCACAAAUAACAUGGAUGAUCAGAUGUAUGUGUCACUGCAGUCACUUCAGAGGAUGCGGGAUGAUAUUCUCCACAACCAUUGCAUGCUUGGAGACCAAAGCGCUCAAUGUGAUAUGGACAUUCAAACAAUCUUGACAGAAGGGGCGAUGACACCUAGAGUGAUGUCAAUCCUAGAAAGGUAUGAAAACAGUAGCUCGAACAAAGUUGCCAAUUCAACCUGCUCUGGAGAAGGCCGCCAAACCAUGAACAUGAAGAGGAAGAGAUUGACAGAGGCAAUCCUUCUACGCAACAAAUGUCAGGAGCUGGAUGAGAUAUGCCGUGAGAACAACUGGAUACUUCCAAGAUAUAAAGUGCUUCCUUCAGUAACAGAUGAGAUGUACAAGGCCAGUGUAUACCUUAUGUGCCCGGACUUCGACAUGAGUGUUGAUGGAGAUAUGAAGGUUACUCCCCGUGAGGCGCGCAACUCCGCGGCUUCCAAGAUGCUAUACAAGCUUCACCAGAAGGCAACAGAAAACGUGGCGGAGCAGGACAGCAGCGCCCCUGAUGCAAUGUUAGCUGAUUAAACCCCUGAAAUAGGAAACAAGCAAGUGGCUGGAAAGAGUAGCCAUCACAACUCAGAAUCGACCAUCCUGAGAAACACCGUAAUAAUGAUUUUUUGUUUAGCUGUUGCAAUCUCCAGAUGUUACUGCUGUUUGUGCCGUGGUUGUUUUAAAUUCUCUGAUACUACUCGGUUGUUAUUUAGCAAAUUAUAUGACGCUGCAGCUGCGGUGUGCAUUGUUCGAGGGAACAUACCUAUUUCUCCUUUGUUGAUGAUGUUUGCCCAAAAGCUUCUGUGGGCGUGGUACUGAAGCUAGCUGUUUUUUUUUAUAGAAUCUAAUCG